AUGAAUCAAUUGAGUCAAUUGCUGAAAGCUUUGUCCCUUGCAAAUGAUCAGGGCCUUACAACUAGAUUGUUCAUUCAGGUUCUGGUGGCACCUGUCGUUGCAUCUAUCUCUGCUCCAGGGGCUCGAAUUCAUGUUGUGAUGGUUGCCUCAGAAGUAGUCAAAACUAUUAUUCUGGUCCUGACUCCUGAGGUGGGCCAGUCGGCUACUAUUGGAGUUGAUUUUUCAAUUCGGGAGCUUUUACCAUAUCCUUCCCCAGCCAAGAGGGGUCGGGGUGAUAGUCUGUCUACUCCCUUUAAGGGGGGAGCUGCAUUUGUUGAAGGGGAGUUUCAAUGGUUAAAUAUUGCAAGCCACAAAUCCCAAACUACACUUUCAUCUUUAAAGAAUGUGAAGGUCACGUCUUUUUCAACUUGUCUUUUUGAUGUCCUUCUGUUGCUUGUAUUGAUUGUUUAUUAUACUCAAAUUAAGCUACAUAUACCUAGCAUAAUGGCUUUUGCAUCUGGAUCAUCUUUGUCAUCUUAUACUCAUAUAGAGGCUCUAAUAUUUUCAAUAGCCAGGAACAUAAUCCCAAAAUUUCACCAUAAAAAUCAAAUUUUUAGGCCUUUCUCUUUCCUCAAACCAGAACCCAGAAAACCAAACAAAGAGUUAACCAGUGCUCCCAGAGUCCUUAAACUAGUAUCACUGAGACUUGAAGAAAAAUUUACUUGA